CAACGCGGCCCCCAUUUUGAAUAACUCCGCAUCGAAAGGGCGAGCGUAUUAUACCUGACAACACCCGCGACCGUUCUGAAGUUCUGAGAUACAGCUAAGGGGGAGAAAAACCGACGGAUAUGGCGGGACGACAGGAUAAUUCCAUGAACAUGUUCGUGCUCAUCGCUACAGGACUAGUCUUUGCUUCCUGCUUCUUCAUCCUGAUCGCCUACUGCAGCCCCAACUGGGUGGAGAAGGACAAACGCACGGCGAACGAAUUCAUAAAGAUCGGACUCUGGGAGGUUUGCUUCAACGGUUACCGUCACCCGCAGUACCAGUACGACAAGGUGUUCACCGGCUGCAGAUGGAUCUUCCACCGCGACAUGUACAUCAUACGAGAAUACCUCGAGCCGUCUUGGUUCAAGGCAGUGCAAGUCUUCUGCACUUUCUCCUUUCUCACCGUGCUACUGGCCACAGGAAUGACGGUAGCAACGAUACUGCAAUGCUGCGAUGCCCGCAGACUCGACAGGUUCUACUUCUUACAAGGAGUCACUCUGGCAAUAUCAUGUCUGUGUAUGGUCAUAGGCGUCAUCAUAUUCGCUGUCCGAGGUGACGACAGAAAUUGGAUGCAGUAUCCUCACUUCAAUCAUUUAUCCUGGUCGUUUGCCAUGGCCAUCAUUGGAGCAGCAACAGAACUGGGGGCCGCAGCUCUUUACAUUCUUCUGGCGAUACGUGAAUACCAGCAAGGUCCGAAGACCAACGAGCCUCUGCGCUUUCCUCCUUACGGAGUGCGGCAAUCCUCCUCUACCCCCACCUCUCAGGGGAAACCAUACCCACCGUCCUACCAGCCGACAUACCAGCCGACGCAGCAACCACAAUACCAGCCGACACAGCAGUCGCAGCCUUAUGCGCUAAACAAGGCAAAGUCAACGUCAAAAGAAGACACAGUGUAGUGACCGCCAUGCUGUAUUAGUUGUACUGCGUCCGUCCGUUCCUCAACUGGUACGAUUCACAAGUGCUUAGAAACAGUAGCCACACUACUAUCAAGGCAGUGGCGGGCUAUUUGGUGAAAUAUGGCCGUCGCUGUAGCAAGAGCGGUCGAACCUCGGGCAAUAAACGAACAAUCGGUUUCUAGUUUUUGUAGAAGUUUCAUUGUUGACGAUCAACACUUGUUAUGAUGAAUGUGUGUUAUUAAUCACUGGCGUGAAGAGUAAUAUCAACGUGCACAGUUACAAUAUUCGAUAGCAUGAGGCAAGUUAUGGAUUUGUUUUAAAAAAUCUUUGAAUUGAUUUACCUUUUACCUGAGUAAGAAUCUCAUAUUGAUGUAAUGUGUAUAUAAGCUACGAGUGUACUGCCAUCUGGUGGGCUACUGUUUUACGAUCGUAUUUUAAUUAUUCACUUAUGUUUGUACAACAGAUUUAUGUGGUUUAUAAUGAUUGUAUCAUGAUGUAAACAUACUAUAGUGACUUUUUGAUACAUAUUUCCUUAAUUAAAUACAUGUACCAUCAAACCCCGUCAAA